CUAAUCUUUGUAUUAUUGUUAUAUUAUUGCAGAUCACAGUCCGUUGCAUAAAUUUAUUUGUUUGUAUACGGUUUACUUAUACAAAAUAAAUAAAAAUCCAAUGAAAUGCAUUCACUUCCUUAUACAUCACAGAUAAUUUUUCAAAUACUUCCUGACAGUUUCUUCUAACAAAAUGUUUGUAUUUAUGUUAGAAACUUACAGCCACAAAAUUACUUUUAAAGCGUAGCAACCGCGUCAUAAUCUCUUAAUUUUACAGAUGUUAGUAUCAUGUUAUGAAGCAUUUAGGUAGUAUUUUGAUUGCACAUUUAAAGUUAAUAUAAAUUUUAUUGGUUAUUAAGGCAAGAAUUCAUAUUAUGAUAAAAUAGUUCAUAUUAGCUAUGUCAUAAAGUAACAUUACUUAUAAUAAUUUGUACAUGUUAUAAUGAUAGUAGUGCAGUGCAUAAUUUUUCGACUAGAAUCCAAAUAAACUUUGGUAUCAAUAUGAACAUCUUAUACUAACGCUACUUAAGCUCAUAAUGAUAAGACUAAAGUUUGAAUUAUACGUUAAUUUAAAAAUAUUCAUAUGUACAUAUGUGACAGCUUAUAGACGUUUAGGAAUACAUAACAUAUGUAUACAGGUUAACUAUCUUAAUUAACUAAAUUAACUAACUUAAAAAUUUUCUAUUGUGACAAGUCGAUUUCCUUGAACCCUCCAAAUUCAAGCGUUGAGUAGCAUGCUCCAACUUUGAUUUCAUAAACUUUUCUACAAAAAGGUCAUCGACUUCUAUCCCUAAGUGAUUUUUUCCGACAGCCCUAAGCAAACGUAAUACAUGCCGGUAAUUACAAAACGGUAUUUUUUUCCAGAUGACCCUUUCCAACUGCAAGAAGCGAAAAAUGUUCUAUCGAAAAGGAUAUCCAAAGCCUCAUGUAACCUAUUGAAUGCAUCCUGGCUGCUUCCAGCUCAUCUAGCUGCUGCACGUUGGACACUACAGUAAUAUUAAAUGUAUUUACAUUCCUUCGAAGUCCUUUCAUAGGAUUCAUUGUUAAAGAAACAGAGCAAGUAUUUGUGCAUUUCGAGCAUCCUGUCUAAUAAGCAGCUUUCGGCAAAGCGGACAGCAGCAAGACGGGUGGCUUGCUUCUUGCGGCUGUGUUGCAGCAGAAGCAUCAUCGCUAGAAACUUCCAUCAUUGAUACAGCUGAUGUUGGCUUGAGAACAUCUGCGCUGACAAUCCUUGCUUGCGGGCGUGUCGCAGCAGAAAAACCACCUCCGGAUGCUGCAAUAACAGUUGCAGACGACGAUAACCGUUGUCCUGCGGAGCAUUUAGCCAUUCCUGGCGGUUUUGCUGCAGCAGCGACAACACCUCCAGAUGCUGUCACCACCGCUGAAGACGACGUCAACUGUUGCAAUCCAGAAUCAACAGCAUUUCCUGGCGGGCGUUCCGUAGCAACAACGCCACUGGAAGUUGCUUGUGGUGAUGUAGACGGCAACAGUUGUCCUCCGGCGGCAGCGGCAACACUCUUGGCUGUCUCCACCGUUGCAGCCGACGGAAGCCGUUGUCCUCCAGUAUGAACAGCAACAACAACACCACAAGAUGCUGUCCCAACUGUUGCAGCCGACGGCAACCGUUAACCUCUGGCGUGUACAACACUUCCUGGCGGACGUGCAGUAACAGGAACAACACCGCUGGAAGUUGCGUUUGUUGAUUCAGACGGCAACCGUUGACCUCCGGCGGCAGCGACAACACUCCUAGAUGCUGUCACCACCGUUGCAGCCGACGGCAGUCGUUGUCCUCCAACAUGGACAGCAUUUCCUGGUGGGUGUUUUGCAGCAGCAACAACGCCUUUGGAUGUUGUGUUCGCCAACGCAGAUGACGGCAAACGUUGUCCUACGGUAUGGACAGAAUAUCCUUGCGGGCGUGUCGCAGCAGCAAAACCACCUCCAGAUGCUGCAAUCACUGUUGCAGACGACGACAACCGUUGUCCUCCGGUGCGUUUAACCCUUCCGGGCGGGUUUGCUGCAGCAGCGACACCUCCGGAUGCUGUCACUAUCGUUGAAGCCAACGGCAACCGUUGUCCUCCGGCGGCAGCGACAACACUCCUGGAUGCUGUCUCCACCGUUGCAGCCGACGGAAGCCGUUGUCCUCCAGCAUGAACAGCAGCUACAGCACCUCCAGAUGCUGUCCCCACUGUUGCAGCCGACGGCAACCGUUGCCCUCCGGCGGCAGCGACAACACCUCUGGAUGCGGUCACCAUCGUUGCAGCCGACGGCAACCGUUGUCCUCUAGCGUGUACCACACUUCCUGGCGGACGUGCUGCAACAGCAUCAACACCACUGGAAGUUGCGUUUGUUGAUCGAAACGGCAACCGUUGUCCUCCGGCCGCAGCGACAACACUCCUGGAUGCUGGGACCACCGUUGCAGCCGAUGGAAGCCGUUGUCCUUCAGCAUGAACAGCAGCGACAUCACCACUGGAUGCUGUACCCACCGUUGCAGCCGACGGCAACCGUUGUUCUCUGGCGUGUACAACCCUUUCUGGCGGACGUGCAGCAACAACAACACCGCUGGAAGUUGCGUUUGUUGAUCGAAACGGCAACCGUUGUCCUCCGGCGGCAGCGACAACACUCCUGGAUGCUGGGACUACCGUUGCAGCCGAUGGAAGCCGUUGUCCUUCAGCAUGAACAGCAGCGACAACACCACUGGAUGCUGUCCUCACCGUUGCAGCCGACGGCAACCGUUGUGCUCCGGCAUGCACAACACAUCCUGGCGGGCGUGACACAACAACACUAUCCGGACUAGAGGAUGCCAUCACCAAUGAAGAUGAUGGAAUUUGCUGUCCACCGGGG